AUGGGCGGGCGUUUCGCGAAAUUUGUAGAAUUCCUGCAAAACGUAGGUGUUCCUGCUAGUUCAUUGCACGUCAUUGGAUUUUCCUUAGGGGCAGAAGCUGCCGGUUUCGCUGGCAAGGCGCUGAAUUCAAGAGGAAUCAGACUAGGAAGAAUAACAGGUCUAGAUCCUGCCUACCCUGGCUACAGUUUAACCAAUAACAACGGCCAUUUGUCCCGUGGCGAUGCAAUAUUCGUGGAUGUACUUCACACUAAUCCUGGGGUCCUAGGUUUCCCACAGGCCAUAGGAGACGUUGACUUCUAUGCCAAUCCUGGCAAAUGGAUACAACCAGGCUGCUGGGUUGAUCAACUCCUCCGGAACAAUGAGCUCAGGUUUAUUUACGGUUGCAGUCACAACCGAGCAUGGAGGCUGUAUGCGGAAUCGGUGAGCAACCCCGCUGGUUUUCCUGCAACUCUCUGUAGAAACCCAGUUUUCGACGGAUGUACUGUUCAGAUAGACGGUUAUAUGGGAUCCGGUGCAAACCAUCCGAUGUCUGGGAAAAUGUAUUUUAAAACAAAUGAAAGACCACCAUUUGCAAGAAACAGGGUUUAG